UUUAGUGGUAGACUCAUUAAAGUUACUAAAUAAAAUAAAAUUCUAUAUAACUAGUUAAUUUAUAAUUCUGAUUACUAGCUUGAGUUAAGACAGGUUGUUUCAUAAUACGAGAAUAAUAAUAAAAAUUUCGCUCAAUAUAGUUAUAGAACUAUGAAUUCAGACCGAUAAAAUUACUAAAAAACACUUAACACUUAAGAGUACACUUAUGUGUGGAAUUAGUUAAACAAAUAAUAUAUUAAACAUGUCAUCUAUAUUUUUGAUAAUAUAUCUUGUCAAUGUAAACGGUGUAAAUUUACCAAAAUUGUGUAAAUCGAAUGUUAUGAAAUACGCAAAAGACAUAUUUGGCUUAAUCAAUAAAAAUUUAUCAACCGGAACAGAUUUGGAAGAUUUGGAAAAGAACGACGUUUGUUGCAAUUGCAAAUUACCUAUGAAAAUAAUUUUAAGACCAUGUGAUCAUGCAUUCUGUAAAUACUGUUCUCAAGAAAUUAUUCAAAACUUUGUACAAUGUCCAUUAUGUAAUACAGAAAUACUUGAAUUGGACGAUCAAACUGUAAGAAAAUGCCUUUCUUGUGGUAAUGAACGUUCAACUAUGGUUCUUAAGCCUUGUGGUCAUGAUAUUGGAAAUUUUUGCAGUGAUAAAUUUGAUAUAAAUACAUCAUAUUGCCCUUUAUGUAAUCAAUUAAUUGUAGAUAAAGAAAAAUGUUCUGUAUGUCUUGAAGAGUUACCUAUUGUUACUAUCAAACCAUGUAACCAUUUAAUAGGUAAUUCUUGUGGAAAUCGUUUAAUAAAUUCAAAAUCGACGUGUCCAAUAUGCAGGAGUGAUAUUGUGGAUUUAUAUAACUUAACUAUACUUAAUGAAUCAGAUAAAAGUGAUGAUGGAAGUGAAAUAAACUCCGAUGAAAAAUCUAGUGAAAUGGGAGAUGUAACUGAUUUGGAAAGUAAUCAUGACGAAGAAUUGGAAAAUCAUGAUGAAGAAUUUUCUGAUGUUCAUGAGCUGAUUUCUGCUGAUGAAAGAAACUCAAACAAUGAAAAUGCUUCUGUUGACGAAAAUUAUUUUAAUAAUGAUGAAAAUUCUAGUAAUGGAAACGAUUCUCAAGAAAAUUAUUCUAAUAAUGAAGAAAUUUCUAGUAAUAGAAAUGGUUCUAAUCAUGAAUGUGAUUCUUUAAAUGAAAAUGAUUCUAUGGAUGAAAAAAAUUCUACCAAUGAAAUAACUUCUGAUAAUGAAAGAAACUCAAAUAAUGAAAAUAGUUCUGCUAGCGAAAAUUAUUCUAAUAAUGAGGAAAAAUCUAGUAAUGGAAACGAUUCUCAAGAAAAUUAUUCUAAUAAUGAAGAUAGUUCUAGUAAUGGAAAUGGUUCUAAUGAUGAAUGUGAUUCUAAUAGUAACUAUGAUUCUGAUAAUGAGAGUGAUGCUUUGAAUGGAAACGAUUCUAUGGAUGAAACAAAUUCUAACAGUGAAAUAAUUUCUGAUUAUUUUGAGUCUUCUGCAAGUGAUGAUAAUUCUAACGAAGAACUACACUUUAAAUUGUCUGAUAUUCCACAAAUUAUACUUCAUAAAAUAUUUACUGAACAGUUAUAUCUUCGUGAAAUAAAUUUACAUGGUAAAAUUUCAGAUAGAGAAUUGAUGGCACGAUAUUAUUAUCUUUUACCAGGAAAUUAUCCGGAUGAUAAAAUGUUAGUCGACCUUGAUAAUAUUAUGUCUGAUGGAUAUCCUCAUAGAGAACUUUUAGAGUUACGGCGCUAUUUAAGAAGCUCUAGACCAUCUUUCAAAUAUAUAAAAAUGGAAUUAAUAAACAAGAGUAAGCUAUGGCGUUCAACCCUAAGUGAAAACGAAAAAGACAUGUUAAAAACUUAUUACAUCCGGAAAAAUCUAAAUGUUGACGAACAAAUUUCUAUGCGUGAUAAUUUUACUAAACUAUUCAUUAAUUCUGUCUAAUUAAUAUUUUAGUAUUCAUUUAAUUUGUAAAAAUAUUUGUUAUUUAUUCUACCUGUUUGUAUAAAAUUAAUAGGAAAUCGUUGUUUUGAAUUUAGCUUUAAAAAAUUUGGUCAUUAAUCAACUCUCAAGCUUCAACAAAAAAAUUAUCUAAUUAAAAACACCAGUCCUCCAUAUUAGAUUUAAUUUAAAUAAAAUUAUCAUAAAUUAGUUUAGCCUAUAU